AAAAAAAAAAACGAUCCCUCUCGUUUAUUUUUUUUAUUUUUAUUGAAGUCGAGAUCAUCCCAAUUCAAAUUGUAUUAGGUGCCUUUGCUAUUUCUGGCCACCGGGGUUUAAAAACAAAUCAAGAGGCAUAACAAGAAGAAAGCGGUAAACUGGGGUCAAGCUCGUCGUCUCCCACUCGCCCGAGCUGCCGUUGCGUCAUUAGCUCGUGCACACGCCGUGUCUCCGCGAAUUUGCAAGCAUCAAAUCCAUUUCCUCACGGAGUACCUAGCCUCGGCCUCGGCACAUCCCAUCCCACCUGCUACUAUUCUGGCCAUCGACCUCAGCCGCCGCUAACCAGCAAAUUGAGUCACAAGGUGCUGAAGCACGAUUCCUGGUCCUUUUUGGAGUCUUAAAAAAAAAAAACCCCGACGCCCGCCCAUCAACUGUAAUUCAUUGUCAUCGUCACCGACCAGGUUAUCUAAUUUUGCUGGCGUACCCUACAUAAUCAACCGUCUCGCCCGGGCCGGGAAUAGUCACAACUGGGCGCCUGCCCUGGACAAGCGAUUCGCCUGCGCCCAAGAUGUCGUGGAAGAAGUCGGAGAGGUUGAUGGACACCAUCAGGCAUUAUGCCAAGUUCCCUGCGACCGGCGUGAGCUUGCGCCAGAUGGUUCAGUUCGGCGAGAAGCCGUCUGUAGGCACACUGUUCCGGGCCUCACAGUUCCUUGCAGAGGAGCUCCCAAUACGUCUGGCGCAUCGCGUGCACGAGUUAGAUACCUUACCAGAUGGCCUGAACGAGAUGCCCUCAGUAAAGAAGGUGCUGGACUGGUAUGCGCAGUCGUUCGAGGAAAUCACACAACUGCCAAGGCCAGAACUCGACAAAUCUGUAAAAGAAAGAUUAUUGAAGCCUGGAAGGAGUAGGACCCAACAGCUACUGUCCGAAGCGACACCAAACCCUAGCAUAGCAGAAGGCCAGUAUGCCUCACAGGCGGUGACAUCACAGAACGGCAACGGUUGGACCAAGAAGCAGCAUGCUGCCAGGAGAUACUUUGCCAUGGUGGACGAUUAUGGUGACUGGCCACCAGAGCUGCAAUUGUACAACCAAAGGUUUUCCCAGACUCUUAACAAGAUCAAGAGGCGGCACGACGGUGUUGUGACAACCAUGGCGCAGGGUAUCCUCGAAUAUAAGCGGCAGAGACAGCGAAUGCAGAUCGACAACAACAUGCAAUCAUUCCUCGACCGAUUCUACAUGUCUCGUAUCGGCAUCCGCAUGCUCAUUGGCCAACACAUUGCCCUUACGGACCAGUCACACUAUCGCGACCCAACUUACGUCGGCAUCAUAUGCACAAAGACCAACGUUCGCGACCUGGCGCAGGAGGCUAUUGAAAACGCCCGUUUCGUCUGCGAGGACCACUACGGCUUGUUCGAGGCACCCAAGAUCCAGCUCGUCUGCAACCCGAAUAUCAACUUCAUGUACGUGCCGGGCCACCUGUCGCACAUGCUGUUCGAGACCCUUAAGAAUUCCCUGCGUGCCGUUGUCGAGACGCACGGCCAGGACAAGCAGGAGUUCCCCGUUACCAAGGUCAUUGUCGCAGAGGGCAAGGAGGACAUUACGAUCAAGAUCACCGACGAAGGUGGUGGCAUCCCGAGGAGUGCCAUACCGCUCGUCUGGACGUAUAUGUACACGACUGUCGAUAGCACGCCUAAUCUGGACCCUGACUUCGACAAGAGCGACUUCAAGGCACCGAUGGCUGGGUUUGGAUAUGGUCUGCCGAUCUCAAGGCUAUACGCGAGGUACUUUGGUGGUGACCUGAAGCUUAUCUCUAUGGAAGGAUACGGCACCGAUGUCUACUUGCACCUCAACAGGCUGUCGAGUUCCUCUGAGCCUUUGCAAUAGGAACUCGCAGUCAUGAGGGAUCGACCAUCCCAAGGAUUGACGCUGGGGCUGAAAUAUAAAGUGCAAAAACGACUGAAGAACAUGGAAGUCGUGGAACGCAAGCAGGUCGGUGACGUUGAAAGUCUGGUCAACCGCACCUCGAGAGGAUCCCACAUUGGAUCAUACGCCGGGAAAGAAAGUGAAUUGUAGGCUGGUUGGUUUGUGUAGAGAUAUGUUAAGUGUGAUGUCGGGUUUCACCGUUGGCUUGCAGGGGUAAGGCAGCACCAGGGGUAAGACGCCACUGGUUGUGAGAAGCGAUAGCGGUGAACUCUCACCAGUUUCUCAUUUUCUUUUUGUUUUGUUUUUACCUUAUUUUUUUUAACCCCACUAUGGGUUUCCUUGUCUUUUUCUUCUUUUUUUCAUCGUCCAUCCAUUCAUUUUUACUACAAUGGGGUUUGUCAACAGCAUGGGAUACGGCGCUUGGAAGGCGUUUUCAAACCAAUGAACAAAAAAAAAGGGUUUGGGUUUUUAGGUGGACAUCUAUCCAACUAUUUUGAGGCUAUAGCCGAGUGCUACUUUCAAGGGUCGACCCCACACAUGAGGCAGGUCUAGUAUCUACUUAGCUUUGCUGUCAGCAGAAAGGUAUAUAUAUUCAAUAGGUACAUAAUUUUGUCAGCCAA